GCAGGGGCGUCCCCGCCCCGUGUGACGCCGUGCCGGAAGCGGGGCCGAGCCCGGGCCGGUGGCGGACGCCAUGGAGUUCCCGGACCUGGGCGAUCACUGCUCCUGGGCCCCCUGUCAGCGCCUAGACUUUCUCCCCUUGAAGUGUGAUGCCUGUGAGCAGAUCUUCUGCACUGACCACAUUGCAUAUGCCCAGCAUGACUGCACCUCUGCCUACAAGAAGGAUGUGCAGGUCCCUGUGUGUCCCCUCUGCAACACUCCAGUCCCUGUGAGGAGGGGGGAGAUGCCUGAUGUUGUGGUGGGUGAACACAUUGAUCGUGACUGCAAGUCUGACCCUGCACAGCGUAAGCGUAAGAUCUUCACCAACAAGUGUUUGAAGCCUGGCUGCAAGCAGAAAGAGAUGAUGAAGGUGAUCUGUGACCAGUGCCACAAGAAUUACUGCCUCAAGCAUCGGCAUCCCCUGGACCACGACUGCAGCGGGGCAGGGCGUCCCCUCUCUGCAGCAGGGCAUGCUGCAGUUGCAAGAGCCCAAGCAUCCUCCUCCAAAACAGUCACUGCAUUGAGCAGUGGAGUUGCCCAGGCAUCAGGCAGCCCCUCUUCUCCAGCUUCUGCCAGAGGAGGCAGAGCAUCUGUGUUGCAGACUCAUGGCACCUCCCCUCCAGCUGUCAUGCUGCAGAAUGGGCUGAGUGAGGAAGAGGCACUGCAGCGAGCUCUGGAGAUAUCCCUGGCAGAGUCAGCACGAAACUCAGCUCAGCCACCCAGCAGCACGCAGGAGGAGGAGGAUCUGGCACUGGCCCAGGCACUGUCAGCGAGCGAAGCUGAGUACCAGCAGUUGCAGCGACAGGCCCAUGGUUCAAAGCCAUCCAACUGCUGCAUGUCCUAGUCACACAGGGCAGGUGAUGCUGGUGGAGGUGGGAUUAUGCUUGUGACUCAAGGAGUGGAUAUGGAUGCUGUGGGGUUCUGGCCUGGACAACAAUAAGAGCCCCUCACGAGGGACAGCUCAUCUCCCUGGGGGCUGUAAGCAAGCCACCAAACACAGUGACACCUCAGCCCUAGUAGCUGUAUAAAAUCAGUGCAGCAAAUUGCUGAUGUUCCUGGAGAGAUGAAGAUGGUGUGGGACAAGGCUGAACACACACUGACCAAGCAGCAAUCGCAGCGUGUAUUUAUCCACAGCUGCCCUGGCCAUGUGGUGAGGGUAGUGCCGAGUGGGGACAUCUCUGCUUGCUCGGGCACAUGGCUGGGAUACAGCUGCCUGCUUGCAGAAGCAGGAGGCUGCAUUUCACGCUUGGGUUGGCUAUGCCAGGGCCUCAGUAAAGGGCAGCUGUGGCUGGGACAAUCACACGAGCAUGGCACAGCUGAAUGUUUGGCCUCCUGGCAGCACGAAGUCCACCCCUUCCCCGCUCCCCAUGCCCUCGGUGCCUCCUCUGCUGUUUGUAUACAUAAGAGCAUGUUGGGCCUUACCCGACUCGGCCAGGAUCCAGGACCUCUCCGAGAAUGAAUGGAGCCGUGUUUCCUUUCUGGUUUUUCUUUAAUGAGGGCAGUUAAGUGAAAAGUAACCUUAGCAGUGACUUGACUGUGCUCAUGUCGCUCAUGCAGGACUGCAGCUGCCUUCCUGCUGCUCGUUGCUCUUCUGCUGCCCUCAACUAUCUCAGGACCCUGUAUUACUGCUGCUGGGGUAGGAACA